GGCUCUGCUUCCUGUUUCUCCUUUCUUCAUGACCCCUUGGCCAGAGAUCUUAGAUCAGGGCUGAGGGGCCAGCAUGUCCCCCACAGUCAGCUCUCUGCUGUGCCUUGGGCUGUGUCUGAGCCAGAAGAUCACAACUCCAGGUGGGACACUCCUCAGACCCUCCAUUAGGGCUGUGCCCAGUUCUGUGGUCCCCGGGGGAGCAGAAGUACAUUUGUAUUGCCAGGGUCCACAGGAGAGCAGGAGCUUCCAGCUUUGGAAGGAUGAAGGAUUCAUACUCCAGAAAAAUCUCUCCAGUGGGGAGGCUGAGUUCCACCUUAAAAUUGAGGAUGCUGAUGAAGCAGGCAUCUACCAGUGCCGCUACGGGCAGGGGCCCCACUGGUCAGAGUUCAGUGCCCCACUGCAGCUGGUGGUGACAGGAUUCUUCAGUAAACCAUCAUUACAAGGACAACCAGGCACAGAGGUAGCCAUAGGGGACACAGUCACCCUCCAGUGCAAGGAGAUUGUAAGGAGUAACAUUCAAAACUUGACAUUCUUUCUGCUGAAGACUGGGGUGCCAACCCCCUUACAGAGCCUAGAGGGGAAGGUGGCCAACUUUGUUCUCCCAUCUGUGAAGGCUGAGGAUGCUGGGAACUACAGCUGUAUUUACUUAGAGAAGGGCAAGAAGAGAGCAUCAGAUCACAGCAAUCCCCUAAAGUUGGAGGUGAUAGAAGGGGACCCAGAUCACACCAGGGACAAUUCCUCAGUCUCAGAUUACACCACGGGCACUAUCAUCUGCCUCAGCCUGGCAGGGCUGGUCCUCUUCCUCCUGGGGGUCCUGCUGGUUGACGCUUGGCACAGCCACAGAGCCUCCUAAGAAGCAGUGCCGGGGACUCUCAGCCAGAGGACAGGGGCCAGCCAGGCAGGAAAGCAGAGUCCGGCUCAGACACCUCUGGGUAAUCCAGCCUCUGAGGACAUGAUUCUGCCAGCCUGGAAGAUUGAUGCCAAGCCCGCUUUCUUCCAGAUGCCCCUUCUGCCCCAUUCACUUCUGGCACCCUAACAAGGUGUCUGCUAUGGUUCUCCCCAGCCCAUCACACUCCCUACCCAUGUUCUCAUCAGUACCACAAGAGCUUUCCCAACACCUCCUGGUGAAUAAAGUGAAAACAUUCCCCAUGUGGCUGUCUU